AUGGAUACGUCCAAAGAUUCCGCUAAGCAGGCGGAUAUAUCGGAGACGCAGGAUGCAGACUUGGAAUCGGAAGACAUUACCCAAGACUCCGCGGCUUGGCGAUAUCGAUCGGAUAGAACGGAACUCACUGAACUGACGCCGGUUGAAGCGUUUAAGUGGAGUGUGGAGGGGGACCAGUCACCUUUUCCCGAAGUAGCAGCUUGUGUGUCAAACAAGGAUGAUCCAACAAUUUCCUGCAACACUGUUCGGGCCUGGGUAUUGAUGACGAUUUUCGUCAUGCUUUUCUCCGGAGUCAACCAGUUUUUUGGCCUGAGAUAUCCCUCACUUUCGAUUGGAUAUGUCGUCGCUCAAAUUCUGGUAUUUCCUAUCGGUCGAGCAUGGGAGAAACUUCCCAGGUGGAGAGUCCCACUGGGCAAAUUCACUUUUGACAUCAACCCAGGCAAAUUCACUAUCAAGGAGCAUGCGUUCAUUGUUAUUUGCGUCAAUAUUAGCGCUUCAACAGCCUAUGCCCAAGGCUCCCUGGUGGCCAUCGUAAGUCCAGUGUAUUGGAAUCGCGAUUUUGGAGCCGGAUUUUCUUUCCUGUACCUUUUGACCACACAGAUGAUAGGCUUUGGGUUGACGGGCCUUGCUCGCCGGUGGAUUGUUUAUCCAGCUGCCUUGGUCUGGCCUACCUCACUAUCCUCAACUGUCCUCUUCCGCGCACUACACGAGCCUGAGAGUACUAAAGCCGCCAAUGGCUGGACAAUAACUAGGUAUAAGUUUUUCGCUUAUGUCACAGCAUUUGGAUUUGUCAUCUUCUGGUUCCCGGAUUAUAUUUGGACAAGUCUGAGCACUUUUGCUUUCAUUACUUGGAUUUGCCCUCACAACCAGAAAGUGAACACGUUAUUUGGGAUGAACUCCGGUCUGGGUCUGCUACCUAUCAGUCUCGACUGGACCCAGAUCAACUAUGCUGGCUACCCGCUCAUGACACCCUUUUAUAUCACCUGCAACGCCUUUGCAGUUGUGGUGUUAUUUUACUUCUUCUUGUCCCCCAUAUUGUACUAUGCAAAUGUGUGGUACAGCGCAUACCUUCCGCUUCUCUCAUCAAGCACCUUCGACAACAUGGGAAAGUCAUACAACGUAUCACGAGUGGUUGAUUCCAAUCUCAACUUCCUGGAGAGCGGCUACAAAGAAUACUCACCAAUGUAUAUCUCUAUGGCAUACUCACUCACAUACGGACUGUCAUUUGCAGCGGUAACUGCCAUAGUCCUGCACACCUACCUCUACAAUGGCUCUGAAAUCUGGGCUCGGUUCAAGGAUUCACGACACGGCGGCGAGGAUAUCCAUCGACGACUGAUGCGAGCCUAUAAAGAAGUUCCAGACUGGUGGUAUGGUGUUCUGACCGUGAUUGUGUUGGGCCUGGGCAUCUUGACAAUAAAAAAGUGGGAUACUGAGCUGCCGGUCUGGGGAUUUAUUGUGGUUUGCUUUGGAAUGGCGGUUCUUUUAAUAGUGCCGGAAGGCAUUCUUCAAGGAACUACAAACCAGCGCGUGUUCCUCAACAUCAUAACAGAGCUGAUUGCUGGAUAUGCCUGGCCCGGAAAGGCGAUUGCUAAUAUGAUGGUCAAGUGUUACGGCUACAAUUCGGUGAAGCACGGUAUGGACUUUGCACAGGACUUGAAACUCGGACAAUAUAUGAAAAUCCCACCCCGUGUUCUAUUCUUUGGCCAAAUUUAUGCUAGUGUGCUAGCAACAGCAACUCAAACUGGAGUCCUACGAUGGAUGCUCGGGCAUAUCACUGACCUGUGCGAAUCAACCAACAAGCAACGAUUUACGUGCAACGGAGCCAAAGUCAUGUAUAAUGCCUCCUUAAUUUGGGGGACCAUUGGCCCACAGCGAAUGUUCCAGUCUGGUCAGGUUUACAAUGGCCUUGUCUACUUCUUUCUGAUUGGACCUGUUGUUACUGGAAUCGUCUAUCUCAUUUACCGCCGAUAUCCCAACAGCUGGGUGCGCUACAUCAAUGUUCCAAUUUUCUUUAAUGCUGCUGGAAAUAUCCCUCCUGCCAAUACCACCCAAUAUUCGCUUUGGUUCAUCGUCGGAUUUAUUUUCAACUACCUUAUUCGCAAGCGUGCAUUUGACUGGUGGAAGCGUUACAACUAUUUGCUUCAGGCGGCUAUGGAUACUGGCACGGCGAUCGCAACCAUUAUUAUCUUUUUCGCACUAGGCUACCACUCCAUCACAUUCAGCUGGUGGGGAAAUAACGUGGGAUCGAAUACUGAUGAUGCAAACUCCGUCCCAUGGCUGAAGGUCCCAACAGGUGGCCACUUUGGAAAGGGGCCUGGCCAAUUUUGA